UUGGAAAAAAACUCUAGUCUUUAACAAAGGACAUGCACCUCAAGCCUUUAGGCUCAAGGUGAGCACGGACUGGGUUAUGCACGAAUAUACCUUGGACGAGGAGGAGCUUAAAAGGUGUCAGAAUUUACAGGACUACUAUGCACUUUACAAAGUGUUUAAAAAAAGUGGUCUUGGGCCUAAAAAUGGUGAGCAAUAUGGGGCACCUUUCAGGGAAGAAGAAUGGAAUGUUGAUUGUCCAGAUUUUAACAAGUCUGCCAUUGUGGAAACUCCAGUGGAAAGAGUUGAUGGGGCUCUGUCAAAUGUUGAGAGUUAG